UAGCCCCGCAUUUCUGGCGCAUUUCACGAUGACGGCCCACCCUGCCGCAGUUUUCCUGCUGUGUCUGCUAGCCACUGUACAGUCGCAGGACACCGGUUGCCCGGAUGCUGACCCGACAUUGACCCCGUGGAACCCCGGCCAGGAUUGGACGGCGCGGGUGGUUGUGGGAAGGGGAGAGAACUAUCUGCUCCAGUCUUCAGCCGCGUUCUACUCACUGGAAAUCAAAGAUGGAGGUCGGGUUGUGUUUGCUGACCCUGGCCCCUCCAGUACGACUGAAAUCACCCUGUCUUCGCGUGAGAUCACGGUCAGCGCUGACGGCGAGUUCCACAUCGGCAGUGAGACGUGUCCGUACCAGGGGAGGGCCACGGUGACUCUGUACGGCCGCUCAGAUGACCGGGACAACAACAAACAGUUCCUGGUGGCGGCCGGCGGGACCUUGGAGGUCCACGGGAGACGUAAGCUGGGCUGGACACAGCUGACACAGACCGUGCCUGCAGGGGGACUCCCUAAGGGUCCGUACUUCUGGGACUCUGCGCCUGACUGGCCCCGCGGCAUUCACGUGCGCGUGUUUGACGAGAUCUCCGGGAUGCACGUCAGCACGGACAGGUUCGACACCCAGGUCAGCAGGGACGAGAGCCUGCGUCUGGCGGCCUUCAUCGACCAGGUUCCCGCCGGGAAAGUCGUGGCGCUGGCGCUGGUCAACACCGCGAACGGCAACCUGGAAGCCACAGCCAAGCAGAAGAUAAGGGAACUGGGAAGUGUCGAGGUGGACUCCCUGGCUCGCAGGCAGCCAUGGGCGCUGGUCAGUGUGAAGGGUGACCCCAGCCUAGCCGUGGAACAAAAACUUCCGUAUGUGGAUGACCAGACCACCGGCACGGCCACCGCUGCGGUCACUCUUCAGGCGUUUUUCGGUUCUUACGUGGUCACUGCGACUAGUGAAUGGCUCGGAGGAAGCCCGCGAUGCACCUUCACUGUUGCUGGUAACAACGGCCAUGAGUUCAUCAUCAAUCUGAAGGAUGACGUCAGCUCCUGGCAGCCCGGUGACGUCAUCGUGCUGGCCAGUACGGAUUACGACAUGGAGGAGGCGGAGGAGUUCACACUGCUGCCGUGUCAGGAGUGCUCCGAUCGGCAGGUCAAAAUUUACGGACAAGUCCGGUACAACCAUUUCGGAGAGGUGACAGACGAUGUGGACCUCCGUGGGGAGGUGGGCCUGCUGACCCGAAACGUCAGGUUCCAGGGCAGGAUGGAGGACAGCUGCUACGGAGACAACUUCUGUCAGUUCUUUAACCACGACACGUACGGAGGACAUCUCAAGGUUCUGGCCGGUUUUAAGAACGCGCAUCUGUCCGGAGCGGAGUUCACGCGGAUGGGUCAGCAGCGAAAGGCCGGCAGCUACCCUGUCCACUUCCACAUGGCCGGAGACGUGGACGAGGCCGGAGGCUACAGCCGGCCAGCCUAUGCCCGGGACCUGUCCAUCCACCACUGCUUCUCCCGCUGUGUCACUAUACACGGCACUCACGGGCUGCUGGUCCAGGACACUGUCGGGUACGACACACUCGGACACUGCUACUUUCUAGAAGACGGAAACGAGCAGCGGAACGUGCUGGACCAUAACCUGGGGCUGGUGACGCGGCCCGGCACCUUACUGCCGUCUGACCGGGAUGCGGACAUGUGCCGCGGGCUGACCGGCGCCGUGUACGGGGACUACACGCCUAACCCGGGGAAAGAGUGCAAAGGCGUGUCGACCUUCUGGAUCGCCCACCCGAACAACGUGCUGACCAACAACUCAGCCGCCGGCUCUGCGGAGGUUGGAAUCUGGUACAUCUUCCAUGAUUCCCCCACCGGACUGUCCGCGGGAUCCCUGCCCAACAAACAGGCCGAGAGAACCCCGCUAGGCCGCUUCUACAACAACAGGGUACAUUCCAACGCAAAACGAGGAUUCAUGAUAGACGACCGCGUGAAGACCACACCGGCGUCCGCCCGGGCCCCGCAGGAGUACCUGUCUUUAGGAGCACCAGGACAAGGGUACUUCCCCCAUCAGAACGCGGACCUCCGCCAGCCCCGGGAGCCCGCCAUGAUAGAAGGACUGAUCGCCUACAAGAACCUAAACGGUGAAUGGUGCAGGGGCGGGGAUAUCUGGCACGAUAAAUGCGCGUAUGUGGAUAACGGUGUGGGUCUGACAAUGGCAAGUUCGGGAUUUUUCCCAAAAGACGUCGGUGGGACCCAGCAGAUCUGGAACAGUGUAUUUAUCGGGGAGAGCGCGAAUGUCGGCACGGUGACAGGAGCCAAGGCGUGGGGCAUGGGAGGGGUCACGGCUGUGGAGAGGAGCUUUCCUGACACAACAGUUUUCCCGAUGCGAGGCCUCGACUACUACGACGGCCCGAGCAUCGCUAGAAGCUGCACGUUUAAGAAGUACGCCUCGGCACCGGAGUAUAACCGCUACAGUAGCGCCAUCGGCUGGCGGCUCACGAACGACUGGCACAUGACGCCGAAAAACAACGCCACUGGACUCAGGUUUGAAGAUGUGCAAACACGCGUCUUCACCACCGGAGAGAACAUCCCCUACAUGUCUAACGACAGGGACGGAGACAAGAACCAGAUCUUCCACGACUUGGACGGGAGCGUCACGGGUUACCCUGACACGUACGUGGCGGGGCAGGAGAACUACCUGGUGAAGAACCCGGGGUGUGUGGACAAGCCAGAGUGGCGGGCCAGUAUCUGCAGCGGACAGUUUGCACAGGUGCUGUUUGUUGCCAAGCCAGCCAUGCCCCGGACCAUGACUAUAGUCCGUGACGCGUACCCGGACCGGCCCAUGACUAUGGCAGGGGCGCGGGAACUGACCACCAAGUUUUACCAGCCCGUGCUGACGCUACAGCAGUCCUACACCGUUCACUGGAACACACGGGCCCCGGGGGAGGUCACCAUUUAUCUCUUCAAUUUUGACAGCGGUGAGUGGGUUCGCCUGGGCCUGUGUUAUCCUCCGGGAACCACGUUUGACAUCAAGUACCAACACGAGCUGCGUCUCAACAAGAAAAUCACGUACGAGGAGGACCUGUCAGCCGUGUCCAGUCUGACUGAGGUGGAGGCUGGCAGCGGCAAACUCUUCUACUUCGAACAAAGCACAGGCCUACUGUUCCUGAAGGCGCGCGCUCAAGAGGUCCGAGGCGGAGACGACUACUGCUCGGAUGCGGGGUGUGAGCGGAUUGUCAUCACGGCCACCAUGACUGGGCAGGGGGCCAGCGACUGCCGAGCCGCAGCCUACCCCAAAUACAGCCUGACUCCCCAGCCCGUCCCCAUGCCCAGCUACAUGAGCAUCAUACAGGACUGUUCUGGCUGUGGGGCGCAGGACCCCAUCAUCUUUGACGCUGCGCUGCGGUUCCUGGAGGUGACUGUGGUGUCCGCUGGUUGGGAGGAGCUGCAACUGGGCCACCGCCCGUACAUACAGAUAGAUGGGGCCCGGUACGAUCACACCGUCCGAGGGUACUUAGUCCUGGGUGUUGACGCAGUGUCGGGAACAGUCACCCACCGGGCCACCUUCAACACUCACAGUUCUAACACAGACAUCGACCUCAGGAUGGCCAGCUUCAUACGCAACGACAUUCCCCACAAUUCCAUAGUAGUGGUGACCGUGCGGGACAGGUCCAGCAGGUUUGCCCGGGAGUGUCUGGUGGCCCUGCGGGAGAUCGGUGCAGCUGAGCCCGUCGCCACGGACGACAAAGGUAAUUUUGCGAUGGUUGGUUUUAAGGGGAAUGUAUUCCCGAGCUGGAUCCAGCAAGUCAACCUGCCGUCCACCCAGGGUCCGGCACAGAUCUACACCAAGGUCCCUCUCAUGGGAUAAACUAGCCUCUACCAGUCUCUGGGAAGAGUAGAAAUUGACCAAAUAGUCU